AUGGCAGCUAUUAAAAACGAAACUGUACCUUACAAUCAAAUUCAAGGCAUUGCAUCGAAUAACGUGCCCGCCUAUUCGAAUGGUGAUGCGGAUAUCUUUUCGGUCGAAGAACACUAUUUGCAUGGGAUUUACAUGGGAGUCAAAUGGCAAUGUGUCGAAUAUGCCCGUCGAUGGCUUUUUAUGCGUAAACAAUGUAUCUUUCAAAAUGUGCGCCAUGCCGCUGACAUUUUCACGAAUGUGAAGAGUAUCGAACGAGUUACGAACGGCAAACAUUUUCCAUUGAGAGCAUAUCCAAAUGGUUCACCACACAAGCCACAAGCCGAUUCGAUAUUGAUUUUUUCACGUGCAGAUGACCAGCCAUUCGGACACAUUGCUAUCAUCUGUGAAGUGAUUCCGGGUUUUGUUCGUAUUGCCGAACAAAACAUAGAUUCGAAGUAUUGGCCAGGUGAUUAUGCUCGUGAACUUCGAUUGAUACAAAAGGACGAUCUCUACUAUAUCGAAGAUGAUGAAGGUGUUAUCACUGGAUGGAUGGAAAUCGAAGAUAAUCAUCAAUUACAACCAUUGGAUGAAUCGAAUUUAGAUGUCAUUCUCAAACAAUAUCAACACCGAAGACCAGCCGGUACAUUAGAACGUUGUAUGAUUCCGAAUAAGAAUUUCGACUUGAAAGAGAGCUGGUUAGACAAGAAUUGCCCAGCAGAAAAGUACUUUUUAGAUAUACAUGGUGAGAAUAUUGCUCGAGCUGAUACUGAUUACUUCCCUUACUAUAAAAUUGAUAAUUAUCUACUGUUUCACAUUGGUACGGCGUCGAAUGAAAUCCAUCGAAUGUUCAUGGAAGCGACCCAAUGUGUUAUGAAUGAUGAUGAAUUAAUGGCACGUUGUGAUAUACCACAAGUUUUCUGGUCACGCAUUCGUUACUCGUGGGCGAAUCAUCGACAUUUGGAGAUGAGUGGUCGAUUGGAUUUGGCCUUCAAUGGUGAACAAUUGAAAGUAUUCGACUACAAUGCUGACAUUACUUCUGCUCUCUUUGAAUGUGCCAUUAUUCAAGAAAAAUGGGCAAAAGCUGUUCAACUUGAAUCGACAUUCUUUCCCGGCUUUCAAAUGCAUCGAGCACUUGUGCAUAAUUGGAAGCAGAUGAAUAUUAAAUCAUGUGUGCAUCUAUUAAUCAAUAAUGGUCCAGAAGAAAUGCUCACGGCUCUCUAUAUGCAGCAAGUCAUGAAUGAAGCUGGGAUUGACACAAAACUAUGCAGCAUGAGUGAUGAUUUAUAUUGGAAAGAUGGCAAAAUUGAAGAUAGCGAUGGUCGACUAGUGACCACGGUUUGGAAACUAUGGAUGUGGGACACCAUUUUCAACGAUUAUUUUAAUACACAAAAGGAACGUGGUCUCGAUGUUGACAAUGAUCUUGUUUGGAUACCGACUAAUGGUGAUCAUCCUCAUCUUAGUGAUAUUUUUCUUAAUGAUCAGAUUCAAGUUAUUGAGCCUCUCUGGAAAGUCAUUACCAGUAAUAAGGCACUUCUACCGAUUCUCUGGUCAAUUUAUCCAAAUCAUCAGUAUCUUCUACGCAGCGAAUGGACAGUAACAGAUGCAUUGAAAUGUAGUGGCUACGUGAAAAAACCAAUUGUCGGUUGUUGUGGUCAAAAUAUUACAUUGCACAAUAAAGAUGACGAAACCGUGAUCAAUGAGACAACGGGCAAUUAUGAAAAUCGAAAUUGUAUUUAUCAAGAACUUUUUCCUUUGACAUCUUUCAACGGUUAUUAUUGCAUUUUUGGCAGUUGGAUUCUCCACGGUCGUUUUACUGGUUUCUGUGUCCAUGAAGAUCAAAAACUAAUUACUGAUGCGAAAAGUCCGGUCACCACUUCUUGCAUUGUUUGGAAGUAA